UCAGAACCCCAAAUAUAAAUUUGUUUUACUCCUUUGUUUGUAAACAGUGUAAUUGUAAACAAAAACAGAAUCUCCACAAAACAUGGUUAAAACUACGUUUCAGAUAUCAUUGAUGGUUAGUCCUUGUAUCCAUAGCGCUGUCCAUGGAUGUGAGAGGGGUUACAUUUCUCCAGCCCCAUCCCUCAGCUGUUUACCAAAUCAGUGGCAGGGUAGAUGCUUUGUAUUGUUGAAUCGCAGAGUGCCCAUUUAAUAACAGUUGAUACUACUCCUUGCCAGUUGCUUUCGCUUUGUCUUGUGGUGGGCUUCUGUUCUUCUUUCUUACUUCUCUGGGCUGCACUUUGUUUUUUUCUCAGCAUGUCUGCAUUGAGCUCAGCUUUUUCUUUUAUGCCUUUUUCUUCUUCCUGGAAAAAAAAAGAGAGCAGCAACUGUUUGGGUUGUGUUGUAUUUUUAUUCACGCUGUUGUAUUGACAUGUCCUCCCUGUUACUCCCUGACCUGUCCUCCAUGUUACUCCCUGACCUGUCCUCCCUGUUACUCACUGACCUGUCCUCCAUGUUACUCCCUGACCUGUCCUCCAUGUUACUCCCUGACCUGUCCUCCCUGUUACUCACUGACCUGUCCUCCAUGUUACUCCCUGACCUGUCCUCCAUAUUAGCCACUGACCUGUCCUCCCUGUUACUCCCUGACCUGUCCUCCAUGUUACUCCCUGACCUGUCCUCCCUGUUACUCACUGACCUGUCCUCCAUGUUACUCCCUGACCUGUCCUCCCUGUUACUCACUGACCUGUCCUCCAUGUUACUCCCUGACCUGUCCUCCAUGUUACUCCCUGACCUGUCCUCCCUGUUACUCCCUGACCUGUCCUCCCUGUUACUCCCUGACCUGUCCUCCAUAUUAUCCCCUGACCUGUCCUCCCUGUUACUCCCUGACCUGUCCUCCAUGUUACUCCCUGACCUGUCCUCCAUGUUACUCCCUGACCUGUCCUCCAUGUUACUCCCUGACCUGUCCUCCAUGUUACUCCCUGACCUGUCCUCCAUGUUACUCCCUGACCUGUCCUCCAUGUUACUCCCUGACCUGUCCUCCAUAUUAUCCCCUGACCUGUCCUCUCUGUUACUCCCUGACAUGUCCCCCCUGACCUGUCCUCCCUGACCUGUCCCCCUGUUACCCCCUGACCUGUCCUCCAUAUUAUCCCCUGACCUGUCCUCUCUGUUGCUCCCUGACAUGUCCCCCCUGACCUGUCCUCCCUGUUACUCCCUGACCUGUCCCCCCUGUUACCCCCUGACAUGUCCUCCCUGUUACUCCCUUAAUCUAUGUGUAUAUGUAUAGGGCACUUGUUUAUAAGACCUAUUUAACACUCACCAGGCAGACCCUGAAUGUUCUUGUUUUUUUAUAUAUAUUUUUACAGUAUUUUACAAUAGUCUGUCGGACAUGCUCCUCUUCCUCUUGUGUACUGUUGUAAGCGUCAUUGUACGAUGAAAUAUCAAGAAUAUAAGAAGUAUUUUAUUCAUAUUCAUAGUAAACUUAUGGCAGAUGUUUUAUAAUAACCUGCCAGCUACUAUAUUAAGCUUAUAUUGUAUCAUACAUUAUACAGUAUAUGUACUUUUACAAUAUAUCCUGGUGAAUAUGCAUAAAAUAAACAUACAGAGUUGAUAUUAUACAUUCCCUGUAUUUAAAUGUCCUGAAAGUGUUCUGUGAUAAUCAUGUGUUUUUACGUAGUAUUCUUCUGUAUGUAAAGGGGCAACAAAGGCACCAGCACAAUCUGAGUAUUAUCUAAAAGCCUAUGUUUCUAUCAAACAAUGAUGAGACUGAGAAAGAAGACCUAGCGAAGUGGGACAGUGCCACAAUCAAUUCCCAUCAUGAUUUCAACUCUCUGGUCUGAAUUAUUUUGAAGAGAGUGAGAGAGGCAUUCUUCUUUAAAUUGUUUGCAUGAUUUACUUUGAAGGUAUUUGUUACUCAUGUCAGAGAGUAAUGUUUUGGUGUUGUUGCUACACAAAAAAAACAGACAUGGAAUAAUGUAACAGGUAAAUGUGAAACGUGGAAUGUGAGAGGAUUGCCUUGCAGGGGAGCGGCAAUGCAUUUACUGGCGAAAUAUGUAUGGAAGCUUAUCCAUACCAUAUCCUCAAUCAAUGUAAAUAAAAAAUAAUCGACAUAGCCAUUUCUUGACAUACCUUCAGUUUCAAACAUUCACUGGAGAAUGUCAUAUAGUUGCGUAAUAUGUUUGAAGGAUAGACAUGUUCUACUCAGGCUUUCAAACGUCGCCUUGAACAGCUGUGUUGCCAGCAUCCUACCAGCAGAGAGCGCUGUUUAGCAGGACAUUCAGUUAACUUUCAGCCAUAACAUUGCUGCCCCCGCACUGCACAAGCUUUUUAGAGUGGCCCAUUCGCAGUCUCUGGCUAGGGAGUACUGCGGAGCUAUCUGUGAUCGUUGACAGAUAGUUCUGUGUGUGUGUGUGUGUGUGUGCGCGCGCGCGUGUGUGCGCGUGCGAAUGCGUACAUCUGAGGAGAUGUGUUUUUGUUCUGUAGGUUCGUGAAUGUCAUUGAAUGCAGUAUGCUGCGACCUGGCUGUUCUGCUGUAGGUUCGUGAAUGUCAUUGAAUGCAGUAUGCUGCGACCUGGCUGACCUGCUGUUCUACUAAGGAGCCUAUUUAAGGAAUGUGGCUGAGGAGGAUAUUCUAGCUGGCAGAUUCAUGUAAUGUUUUGAAGCAGGAAUGGUUUAUCCAUUGCAUGUAGUUACCUUGCUGGGAAAAAAGUAUCUGUACAAUUUUAGUACAGACAAUUGAAUGUUAAGUCAAAGUUUCACUUGGUGUAUUUUGCCUCGCAUCUUUUCCUAUCUCACUUCAGCUAUUUUUCCAUUUAUCACCUUCCUUUUCCAUGAUCUCUUUCCACUCCAACCUCAUACCGUCUCUAUUUUUCCCCUUCACUCAUCCUCCUCUCUCUCGUCACUUCCUUUCCCCCUUGUCAGUUUGCUCUGCCCUCUGUCUCAGUCAUCAUCUCACUGCUAUCACUCUCCUACACGAUCUUUUGGGAAGCUGCCUUCAUCAUCAUUUGCUUGUGUAUAUUGUUACUAUUACUGAUGACAUAUACCUUGAAUUGUAUUGUAACUUGAUGUUACUGCUGUGAUAUUACUGCUUGGUACUUGUAUUUACUGAUAGUGUUUGACAUUUGUGGCAUAUGUGAUCAGGUUAGUCUAUCACAGAAUGACAUGUCACCUCGGGACAUUGGAGGGUACAAGGUAUGAGGGCCCUUUACAUACAAAUGGACGUUGUGUAGUUCAAUCAACAGGUGAACCACACUGAAAAUGUCAUCUUCGACACACUAUUUCUUCAUAUGUUGGGGUCUAUGCAGUACGUGCCCUGUUCCCUGUGGCCCAGGCACUAACCAUGAGGGAGAGAGGCACAGACAGUUUGAUACGGUACGCUGUCUGUUGUACAGCAGUAUGAUAGUCAGGACUCCGUGUCAAGCUCAGCGAGCUCUCUAUGCCCCACUCUGCCACCCCGCCCCCUCUGACGUUAUCACAGAGCAGCUGCAGGGUCUCCAUGGCACUGGUUUGCAUGGAAACCGCUAGUUCCCUCCCAAGUAUGUCAAAUGUGCCUAUUUGAUUGUGACAUUUCCGGGAAAUAAAAUCUAAAUGUUGGCUCCUUGAUACUGAAAUGAAAGCCUAGGUGUUACUGUAUGUUUGACCCUUUCCCAGCCAGCACUUCUGAAUGUGACAUGUGUGUAUAUACUGUAUAUAUACAGCAUGAGAUAAUAUUAUUAUGGUCUGCUUUCCUUUGUAUUAUGUUUAGAGUAUUUAAUGAAAGGUUAAUAUAUAGAACAACAUUUUUGUCCUGCAGUUCAUUGUCAUGAUUUUUUUUUAAAUUAUAAAGCUGAUUGAAGGAAAAGUUGUUGUAUUUCUGCUGUUUUCUGCUAAUGUGUUGUAGACACCACACCAAGCCACCAAUUCAUUCAAAACUGUGAUAUAGUGUACUACAGUGGGGUUCUGACUGAUUUCAGUUUUCUUAGACUGCUGCCAAGGAGAGACGUUUGAAAUGUUUUUACUUGGAUAGUUCUACUCAUUUUAGCUGUACACGUGUCGACUGCCUGUUAAAACCUCACUUCUUUAAGGAAACAUUGUUUGUAUAUGAGCUCUUCUGGGGAGGCAUAGCGGGGGAAAUAAAAGUGUUUCAAAAAGUGA